AUGGAUGCCCAGCCAUUAACAGAACAACUGCAAUCCGAACCCCGCAAGCUCCACGCAUCACCCGAGAACGAAAGCGAACACUCCGCGCCCUGCACCGAAGUCCGCAGGUCGUGGUCGCUCAAGCGACUCCUGAGCGGACGCGGUAGCCGUCAAUAUCGUGUCUUGGAACGAGAGCCGAAUCGGCUGCGAAAACGUGUCAGUACGUGA